GCAGCUCCAAUAACCACUCGAUCUCUAUAAAAAGCAAGAAACCCCAAUCCUUAACAACAUAUACAAACAAACUUUUCUUAUAGGUAACAAUGGCAGAAGCUAGGCACAGGAAGUGGCAUGUGUUUCAGACCAAGGAUGAAUUGUCGGUAGCAAUGGCUAAGUACACUGCCCAUCUCUCGGCCAAGUUCUGUAAGGAGAAGGGCCUUUUCACAGUUGUUCUCUCCGGCGGUGGCCUCAUCGACUGGCUCUGCAAGUUAUUGGAACCUCCUUACAAAGAUUCAAUCGAAUGGUCAAAGUGGCACGUCUUUUGGGUCGAUGAGAGGGUUUGUGCAUAUGAAGAUCCAGACAGCAACUAUAAACUCGCCAUGGAUGGUUUUCUCUCCAAGGUUGGGAUUCCGAAUAAGAACAUCUAUGCAAUCGACAAACACUAUGCCGCUGAUGGUAACGCGGAGCACUGCGCGGCGCUCUACGAGGAGUGUUUGAGGAACCUGGUGAAGCAAAACAUACUCCCACUAUGUCCAAAUGGCAAGUAUCCUCAGUUCGAUCUCCAGCUUCUAGGGAUGGGUCCUGAUGGCCACAUGGCGUCUCUCUUCCCUGGACAUCCACAGAUCAAUGUCAAGGACAAAUGGGUCACUCACAUUACUGACUCUCCAAAACUGCCACCUAGGAGAAUCACAUUCACUUUACCGGUCAUUAACUCGGCUUCGUACAAUCUUAUGGCCGUUUGCGACGACCACACAGAGCAGUGUCCACGCUCCAUCGCUGAUAUCUUUAAGCACAACAAUCUCGCCUUACCUGCUUCUCAUCUUACUGCCCAUGUCGAAACUAUGUGGUACCUUGACAAAGCAGCUGCCUCAUUGCUUUAGAGAGUCAAACACCUUAAUAAUGGUGUCCUUUAUAUGAAUAAUAAUCUCCCUAGGUCAUGAUUUGUGGAGCGUGUUGUUGGAGUUUGCUUGCAUGCGUGUUAAAUUACCGGCUAAUAAUGCAUUUUUUGCGUAUGUAUUUUACAUACCAAAUGUAUUGAAACGCCGAUUUGUUGUUUAUGUCUAGUUAGUUAUCUUGUGUUUGAGGCACAGGCUAUGACCCCGUGUUAUAAUAAUAUAAGGUUUUCGAAACCGUUACUU